GUGAAUCUACCAGACUCUGACAGAUCAUGGAACGCAUCAAGCAAGUCGUGUCGCACCUUACACCAGGCUCCUCAGGAGGGGUUGCUGCAUUGGAACGUAAGAGCCCAGACGAUGUGGUCAUAACCAUGGCCAUCCGUUCUCCGCUCUGCAAGGCGAAAAAGGGUGGUUUCAAAGAUGCCACUUCGGAAGAGCUUCUGCUCGAGAUGUUCAAGCAAGCUAUCGCCCGCUCGACUAUUGAUCCCUCCUUGGUCGGAGACAUCACUGUUGGCACCGUGCUGACCGUCAACGGCGCGUACGAGGCGCGUGCAGCGGCCAUGGCGGCUGGUUUCCCAGAAACUGUUCCAGUCCAGGUCAUCAAUCGCUGGUGCUCAUCGGGUCUCAUGGCCGUCACGGACAUCGCCAACAAAGUCAAGACCAGUCAGAUUGAGAUUGGUCUUGCUGUCGGUAUGGAGAGUAUGUCCUCCAAUCCGGAUUCCGGAUGGAAACCGCGCAGCGAAGCACUGAAGAACCAUCCCGCUGGACAGGUUUGCGCCAUGCCUAUGGGCUGGACCUCCGAGAACGUCGCAGUGGACUACAGCGUCACCCGUGAGGAGAUGGAUGAGUUUGCUGCGCUUUCAUAUCAGCGCGCUGAGAAAGCGCAGAAAGAGGGACGCUUCGAACCAGAAAUCGUCCCCUUCAUCGCUCCAAUAGUCGAUCCCAGGACUGGCGAGCGCACCGUGCACGUCGUAACAAAGGACGACGGCAUUCGCUAUAGCACCACGAAAGAGUCAUUGCUGAAGAUACGCCCUGCCUUCCCUCAGUGGGGCCGCGCUCAGACUACUGGUGGAAACGCUAGCCAAAUCACUGAUGGUGCUGCAGCUGUCUUGAUGAUGAGGCGGAGCAAGGCAGAAGAACUUGGUUUGAAAAUUCUGGGAAAGCAUGUUACUACAGCGGUUACCGGCGUUGCUCCUCGUGUCAUGGGCAUUGGUCCAGCAUAUGCCAUUCCCAUGGCGCUGUCCCUUGCGGGCAUCACUAAGGAUGAUGUCGACUUGUAUGAGAUUAACGAGGCAUUCGCGUCGCAGUAUGUCUUCUGCCUCAAGGAGCUCGGUCUUGACAAGGAAAAGGUCAACGUAAACGGCGGCGCCAUCGCGUUCGGUCACCCGCUUGGCUGUACAGGUACCAGACAGGUUGCCACAGGUCUGCACGAGCUCGGUCGGAGAAACGGCAAGGUUUUGGUGACAUCAAUGUGCAUUGGCACCGGCAUGGGCGCGGCAGCUGUCUUCGUGCGGGAAUGAGAGGCCAGAAAGGAGCUCGAGCGGAGAUGUCACGCCGUCUGCCCCUAAGUGCCGCCUCAUCCGGAAACAUUCGCCAUCAUGCAUUCCCCGACGACCUGGUCUGUACUGUAGCUAUUGAGUGAAUACAGGCAUCAUGGUCGAGCCGUCUAGCUCGCAACGGG